ACAAGGCGAAAGGGCGGAGGGGAGAAAAGCUGAAGAGAGUCUUGUAAUGGCGACGGGGUUGUCAGAUAAUUUGAAGCACCCUACAAUGGUUUGGGAACUGAAGGCUAAUCAAAUGCCUAAUACAGUACAGAAACUCCUGUUGGUGGUGGAUAAGAGAACUUCAGGAAUGAAUGAAUCUUUGGAAUUAUUGAAGUGUAACGAGAACCUCCCAUCUUCCCCUGGAUAUGCAUCUUGUGAUGAGCACAUGGAGCUUGAUGAUCUUCCUGAACUGCAGGCUGUUCAUACUGAUUCUACCCCCCCUGCGCUUUUUCAACUGAGCACAGAUGUUUCACAUCAGGAAUACUCGAGGUCUUCAUGGAACCAACAUACCUCAAGUAGCAGUUCGGAAAGUGCUUAUCCUUAUGAAAAUGGAGUGAAUUGGUUAACAGAACUGGCAAAUAUAGCUACUAGUCCACAGAGUCCUCUGAUGCAGUGCGGUUUUUAUAACAGGUCAUCACCUGUUCACCUAAUAGCUACAAGCAAAAGUUUACAUUCCUAUGCACGCCCUCCACCAGUGUCCUCUCAGAGUGAUUCUGGUUUUCCUAAGCAUCACAUAGAUGAAGCACCAGUCAGACAUGAAAGGACAAGUAGUGAAUCAGAGUCUGGGAUCUUCUGUAUGUCUUCACUUUCAGAUGAUGAUGAUCUAGGAUGGUGCCAUUCUUGGCCUCCAACUGUUUGGCACUGUUUCCUUAAAGGCACACGUUUAUGCUUCCACAAACGACGCAGUAAGGAGUGGCAGGAUGUUGAAGAGCUUGCUAGGUCUGCAGGAUUUGAAAAUGAAGCUGAUGUUUCAGUGGGUGUUUACAAAGGAUAUGGUUCUGAUGGUUUGAAGUUGAUCUCCCAUGAAGAAAGUGUUUCAUUUGGUGAGUCAGUACUGAAAUUGACUUUUGAUCCUGGCACAGCGGCAGAUGGCUUGCUUACUGUGGAGUGCCGAUUAGAUCACCCUUUCUAUGUUAAAAAUAAAGGUUGGUCAUCUUUUUAUCCAAGCCUGACGGUGGUUCAGCAUGGCAUUCCAUGUUGUGAAAUGCAUAGUGGAGAUGUAUGUCUACCUCCUGGUCACCCUGAUGCCAUUAACUUUGAUGAUUCAGGUGUUUUUGAUACAUUCAAAAGUUACGAUUUUACACCAAUGGAUUCCUCUGCAGUUUAUGUGUUAAGCAGCAUGGCUCGUCAGCGCCGUGCUUCGUUAUCUUGUGGAGGGUCAGGAAGCCAAGACUUUGAAAGAUCGGAAUGCAGCACAAACUGUGGGCCUGCCCAGUCAUCACAGAUAUCAUCCAAUUCUUCGUGUAGUAAAGCUGGCAAAAACCACAGCUCAGGGACUGCGAGUACUGUGAGUGCCACUUCUCCCAACAAAUGCAAAAGACCAAUGAAUGCCUUCAUGCUUUUUGCCAAAAAGUACAGAGUAGAAUAUACUCAGAUGUAUCCAGGAAAAGAUAACAGAGCCAUUAGUGUGAUACUUGGUGACAGGUGGAAAAAAAUGAAAAAUGAAGAAAGACGGAUGUAUACAUUAGAAGCCAAGGCCUUGGCUGAAGAACAAAAACGUUUAAAUCCUGACUGCUGGAAACGGAAACGAACAAAUUCAGGUUCACAAUAACAUUAAUCAAAAUUCUUCUAUGUAUAUCUGGUGGAAGAUCAAGGUUUCAUCAUUUGUUGUGAAGGUGUGACCAUAUGGGCUGCGUUGGGUCAUUAGGAAUGAGGAUUUGCUUCUUACAGUAGAGGAUUAAGCAAGCUACAACUAUCAACAUUUUAAACCAAAUUGCCUUAUUUUUUUUUCUUCCAAACUACAUAUAUGUCUAUCAGGUGUAAUAGGCUUGAAAAAUGGAUAUCCUGUGGUGCUAAAGAAUAGUAGGAAGAAGAGGAGCUUUGUAUAAAUGUUUAUUUUUUUAAGAAAAUGCACAAAAAGGGGAAUUUUGAAAUAUGUAACACCUGUUUAUACAUUGAUUCUUAUUGCUGAUUAAUAUGUAUUGCACAACCUAUGUAAUUAACUACAAAUCUGGGAGCUGGGGUUUUCUGACAUAACAUAGGAACUUCUAGUCUGCCCAGUGCAAAACGUUACCAGAAUGUGUGGCAAAGUGGAUAGAGUAUAUCCUAUAUGUAGCAAGAUUUCUGUCUGGGGAGGCGUUGCAUGUAGAAUUUACAUUUGAAGCAGGAGCUCUUUCCUGUUGGAAAUGAAAGGCUCACAGAACUGCCAGGGCUGCAGAUAAAUGGCCCAGGAUUAGAUUCAUUGAGAGCAUUGCAUUAUCCCAAAAGAAUGGUGCUGUUGUGAUGACACCAUUUUAUUUUUAAAGCGUUUUUUUGUCUCCUAUGCUGCAUAUUUUUAAAGUUUUUAUUUUGCCAGAAGACAUCUUUUAUGAUGAGGACAAACUUUGCACUUACUAGAGGUGCAACAUUUGCACUUUACUCCCCACCCCAAAACUGUCUAAAAGUAGAGUAGAUAUGUUAGAUAUAUGGCUACUUUUGCUGUGAACAUUUACAACAUAGAUUUAAUAUUACUAAAUAGAGUGUGUUUCUGUAUAAGAAUCACAACUAUAGAUUUCAGCACCUGCCAGGUCUAUGUCUACAUGAUGUUGCUCCUUUGAUUUUGCACACUAUAUUCAUGUAUUAUUUCAAAUAAAUUUGUAAAACAUAUUAUUGUACAUUGUAUGAAUCGCAUAAAAUUGAUACCC